AUGGCGUAUCUAUCUAUCUAUCUAUCUAUCUCUUGUUUACAUAAAAAAUUAAUUUGCACAUCGGUGUAUCUAUCUAUCUAUCUAUCUAUCUCCUGUUUACAUAAAAAAGUAAAUAAUAACGGAAUUAUUCGUUUUCUUUCAAUUAAUUUACACAAUGGUGUAUCUAUCUAUCUAUCUAUCUAUCUAUCUCUUGUUUACAUAAAAAAACAUUUUUCUUUUCUUUUUUUGACAGUGUGUCAUGCAUUAUGUUAUUUUACAGUCACCUUCCCGCCACUCUCUUUUACUCGCUCUCUCACUCGCCUUAACAUUCUUUUUUGUUUCCUUAUUUACGAAUUUAUUUCCCGACAGUCGCCUGAACUAGAACCCAUUCUCAUUCUCAUUCAACCGUCCCUGUACAUAUCUAUCUAUCUAUCUAUCUAUCUAACAUCUCAGCCUAUACAUAUCUAUCUAUCUAUCUAUCUCUCUAUCUAUCCGUCUAUCUAUCUAUCUCAGCCUGUACAUAUCUAUCUAUCUAUCUAUCUAUCUAUCUGUCUAACAUCUCAGCCUAUACAUAUCUCUCUAUCUCUCUAUCUAUCUAUCUAUCUCAGCCUGUACAUAUCUAUCUAUCUAUCUAUCUAUCUAUCUAUCUAUCUAUCUAUCUAUCUAUCUAUCUCAGUCUGUUCAUAUCUAUAUAUCCAUGUCUGUUCAUGUGUGUCGCGCUCUCUCUCUCUCUCUCUUUCUUUAUCUAUCUAUCUGUUUAUCAUAGUUUUUGUAUUUAUGUCUCUGUCGAUAUCUAUCUCAGCCUGUUCAUAUCUAUCUAUCUAUCUAUCUAUCUAUCUAUCUAUCUAUCUAUCUAUCUAUCUAUCAUAG